CAAGCCGAACUCGGGGCGGGGCCAGGAGCGCGUCACGAGCCCCCGCCCCCCCUUGGUGGCGCCAUCUUCCCCUGCCACGGGAGGGGUCACAGCACUACUUGGGAACGCUGUGCGGUGUCGCCGGCCGGGCUGUCCCGGGGAAGGUGCACGUCCCGAGGCAUCAUGGACCCGGGGCCGCGCCCGGCGGGCAGCGGCUGUGGCAGCCCCGCCAGCCUCUCCCGAGAGUACAAGCUGGUGAUGCUGGGUGCCGGCGGCGUGGGGAAAAGUGCCAUGACCAUGCAGUUCAUCAGCCACCGAUUUCCAGAAGACCACGACCCCACCAUCGAAGAUGCUUAUAAAAUCCGGAUCCGUAUUGAUGAUGAGCCUGCCAACCUGGACAUUUUGGAUACGGCUGGACAGGCAGAGUUUACAGCCAUGCGGGAUCAGUAUAUGAGGGCAGGAGAAGGGUUUAUCAUCUGUUAUUCUAUCACUGACCGUCGAAGUUUCCAUGAAGUUCGGGAAUUUAAGCAGCUUAUUUACCGAGUUCGACGCACUGAUGAUACACCUGUGGUUCUGGUGGGAAACAAGUCUGACCUAAAGCAGCUAAGGCAGGUCACCAAGGAAGAAGGACUGGCUUUGGCCCGAGAAUUCAGCUGUCCCUUUUUUGAGACGUCUGCUGCAUACCGCUACUAUAUUGAUGAUGUAUUCCAUGCCCUUGUACGAGAGAUACGUAGAAAAGAAAAAGAGGCGGUGCUGGCCAUGGAGAAAAAGUCUAAACCCAAAACCAGUGUAUGGAAGCGGCUAAAAUCACCAUUCCGGAAGAAGAAGGAUUCCGUAACUUGAAGGGAAGGUGUGUGGGUUCACCUGUGAACUGCAGGACUUACGCAGAGCCACCCGGUGACUUGUUCUAGUGAGCACUGUGCUUGCUCUUUCUCCUGUGAUGACUGUUCCUUUAAAUGUAACUGAUGAAGGGGAUAUACCCAGGGGGCGUUUUCAAUGACGUGCUGUUUAGAGUACUGUCCUUUAGCUAAUUCUGACCUAUUAACCCAGUUGAGCACUGUUUACUUGUAAAUUGUCACAUUAGAAUUUGAUCUACCAAUGUUUUGGGUUCUGUUCCUGAUAAUAGUUAAUUAUUGUCAAUUGUUUAUAUACCCUGGGGGAAUAUAUAUUUACCAUGUGUGUUUGAUAAGCUCACACGAGGAAAUUUCCUGCUGUGCAUGACUCCCAUGUCCUUUUCAGCUUGGAUUCCCUGAGAUCUUCCCAGGGAAGGGCCUCGCUCUCUUCUAUUCACAGGUGCUUCUUGGACAGUGAAAACCAUGUAGUAAGAUCAGUGGUGCAGGUCAGUUAGUAGCCUGUUGCAGAUUAGGGACUGAUGAGACUGGGGAAGCCAGGCCAUGGAGGAGGGUGGGUGGGACUUCCAUUGGGGAGAAGCGGUAUUGGAACCGUGUUCUCAGGCCAGCCUGGCUUUCCAAAGACCUGCACAUUUGACCCAAAUGCACUGGGCUAGGUGAGGACAGGCAGAAGCGAGUGACAUGUAUGAAAGUUUCUUCUAGGAAGUUACUUUGUUCUCACUUUCAGGAUUUAGCCUUUCCUUAGCUUCCAAGGUAUAUGCUUUGGAAACCAUUACUGAAUUACUAAACUCUUGUUUAGACCCUUGGUUGGGCCAGCCAUUGCCAGUGCACGUGUAUUUUCUUCCCCAGAGAUGUGCACACUAGUACCUUUACAUGAGGUGCUUUCCUGUGUUCUAGAAGAGCAAGGCCUGGCAAAAUGUUUUUAGGUCCUUCAUCAGGCUAACUACCAUAUAGGAGAGACAUCAGGAGUUAGAGUAAAAUCAUGUAUGUGCCUCCUCAGCACAGACAAUCACUAGACUCUGUGCUCAGAGAAAACCUGGGGCCUCUCUGUGCCAAUGAGCCAGGCGUGAAGCUUUAGAAUUCCUGUGUGUUGAGUUUCUCAUUGAAGAUUUCUUCAGAGGGACCUUGGUGAGUUCACCACACAGGGCUGUCUGAGCCUUGGCAAAACUUAGCCUAAGAGAACACCACCCUGAUAUUGUGCAUAACUGGGAAGCUAAUGUCCUGGGAAGGAACAGCUUUAAGUGUUAGUGGUGAGUUCUCUUUUUAGAAUCAGAGUAUUUGGAUACAUGAACUUACUGUGUGUGGAGAAGUGUAAAAGUGCUAAGAAUAAUGUAGCGCAGAUUGAACAUUAAAUGUCACGGCUGCAGAGUUUGUGACUAUCUUAAACCCUGAAGGACGUGACUGCAGGACCUUGUAAAAAAUGCGCACCUUAACUUGCUGUUUGCCACUUUCAUUACUGGCAGAGGGACAGGGUGGCUGUGUUUUGUCCUCAUACUCAAUGUGGCAUCUGCUCUAGGUUUAAAGAAAGGUGAUGGUUGCAGCUUUCUUAGCUAAGCCAUGGUCCCCUUUGAAACCAAAUAAAUCAUGUUUUAUGGUACUCAAGCCAUUCCAAAAGUGAAAGACCCAGAAUUUGAAUCAAUUGCAGGACAGAAAUCUGAUAGGAACCAUAGCACUUUAGAGAAGCAUGAUGAUAGAAGAGAAAUGGAGUGCAAUUCUAUUUUAACAGUAUUUCACCACAUUUAAAUUAGCUUAGAGCCUUUUACGUGUAAUGCCUUAGCUUCUCAAUACUAAUGACCUAGGGAAUUACUAGCUGUCAAGCAAGAACUUGACAGCUGUAUAAUUAUUCAGGACAUUCAGGGCAGCAGAGAACUUUGCCAGAAAGAAAGAGUCAUAAGAAGGGAAUUUAUACUGCAUAUAAGAAAAAUAGCAAAUUUGUGUUUUUAAGACUGUCCCUGUCAUAUUUUUGGUCAUUGGAUUAAUUAGCCCAUUAGUAUUGAGAAUUGUAUUCAUGGUGCUACAUAGUUCGAGGGAGUGUAAUAUGUGUAGGUAACAGUUCUUCUAUUCUUAGUGAUGAUGAGUAUGUAAUUUAUAAGCUCCGAAUAGUCAGGUUUAUCCAAUUUGAGGGCAUUCAAAUCAAUUACUGCCUGGAACUUUGAAGAGAGAAACAUUCAGGGACAAGUUUAAGCACUGGAACUAUUCAUGCCUGUGCCAGAUUGUUAAGUUAAAAAAAUUAGAAACUAGUGUCUAGAAUGAGCUGUUUAGAACUCAGGAGGGGAUAUGUUUAAUUCUUCUCCUAUAUUAGCAAGAAUUGGUCUACUGUGAUGUUUGGGGGCGGGAGAAGGAAGAGAGCAGUCUUUCACUUAAUGCACUUGUAUAUGAAGACAGUUUAUAUGACACAAUACAGAACUUUUAAACAAAUUGUUGGGUUUCUCCUUAACCUGUGUGUGGGUGGAAAUGCUUGGAAUUGUUGCACAAAGGUCAUUUUAAGAACACUUAAAUACAAUAAGAUUUUAUGUUCUGGAAAA